UCCCGUGUUGUUUUAGCCGCUUUGCAGCAGCACCAGAGUUUCCUCUCCGGGGCGCAUUCCUGGGCCUUGGAUAAAGGGGUCAUGGGUGGCCCAUGCGUCAUGAUCCCUCUCUCGACCUUGCUGAUGUGAUCCAAAGGAACGCAUCGCAUUACAUUUGGCACCAACUCAGUUGCAGAAGCUGCCGGAGGGAAUUUCGCAGCUGAUACUCCCAACGCCUAAGGGGCUUCACUCCUGAUUUCUCCUCGAGGUUGUCUCCUGAAGCCUCAUUACCGCAAGGCAGUGAGGGUUUGAAGUCAGAGUACCCCUCUCCUAGAUGAACUGCCUUACUAGGCUGACGAGCUCCAUCUGCCCGAAGCUCCCGGUUUUGUGGCGCCAGGUAUCCGCCUUCACCCCUUCACCUGUUAGUAAGAGCAGUUUCGCCGGGCUUAAUAUCUAAGCCACACGAGCAGGCCAGGUGCUGGACUUAGUUGUCAGAGGCUAUUUGAGACGCAUGCCAUUAGGAGUAUUUUAUAGACAAUGGGAGCUUAACCCCAUUGACACCCCUGGCCAUGACAACCUUUGAAAUGAAAGAAUAAAUGUCAAUAAAUAAAUACAUUGUAAACCGGGGAUUGUAUUGGUAGAUAUUUUGUUUCUAUUUCAUGUAGGAAUGUCAAUAUUAUCCAGCGCAUAUUGCAGGAUGUAAUGAUCAAAGGUCAAGGUGUUGCAUGAGAGUCGAGAACGAUUGGAAUACUUAUGGUCAAGCCGCUGAUAUCUCCUGAAGACCAUCUGUCACUUUAUUUUUGUCAAUCGUUCUUUCUUGAAUAUAAACUUGUCAUCUCACACCAAGAUAGAACGUUUUAUUUAUUCGAAGAAACGCUGACUCCUAGAAAUAUACAACGCUAGCCAAACAAUGGCAAGUACAGUAAUAGGAAUCAAUGGAUCGUCGUCUGUACUUUCUAUCAAAAACCUAUGUUAUUAUUUUAACAUUUUCUCUCUAUAUAUAUAAUUGUUACAUUUGUAUAUUUUUAAUAACAUUUUAUUCGAUUCUUAUUUAAUGUGUCAUUCUUUUAGUCACGUAACUGAAAAUAAAUAUAUGAUUUAUAUUAUUUUUGAUGGAUUAGAGGAUGAAAUGACCAGGGGAUGAAAUGACCAGGGCAUGAAAUGACCAGGAAUCAUAGGCCUAAUGUACAUGUAUUAGAUCGGUUCAAGAGUGGAUAAACCUCUUAGUGUUAGCAAGGUGUGGUUAGUCUAAAGACCAUGCUAUUUGGUGAGUUAGGUCAUCUACAUGGAUCUCGUUUCUAGCUAAAUGUGGCUACAUGAAUAGACCCUGACGAUACGUGUGGCUACCUGAAUUGAUCAUGUCAUCAACUUGAAUAGAUUAUGCCAUUAGCUAAGUGUGGCUACCUAUAUAGACCAGGCAUGUAAAUUACUUGAAUGCUUACACAUUGGUAGUUUGGUAGAAAUGUCUUACGACACAAAUGCAGCGCAGCGUUCCAUUAGGAACUGAAUACAACUCUUUGUUUCUUGUUCUUUAGCUUGACUUUGUUGCUACAACCAAUGCCUACAGAGUGUACAACUCUUUGUUUCUUGUUCUUUAGCUUGACUUUGUUGCUACAACCAAUGCCUACAGAGUGUACAACUCUUUGUUUCUUGUUCUUUAGCUUGACUUUGUUGUUACAACCAAUGCCUACAGAGUGUACAACUCUUUGUUUCUUGUUCUUUAGCGCGACUUUGUUGCUACAACCAAUGCCUACAGAGUGUACAACUCUUUGUUUCUUGUUCUUUAGCUUGACUUUGUUGCUACAACCAAUGCCUACAGAGUGUAAAACUCUUUGUUUCUUGUUCUUUAGCUUGACUUUGUUGCUACAACCAAUGCCUACAGAGUGUACAACUCUUUGUUUCUUGUUCUUUAGCUUGACUUUGUUGCUACAACCAAUGCCUACAAAGUGUACAACUCUUUGUUUCUUGUUCUUUAGCGCGACUUUGUGGCUACAACCAAUGCCUAAAGAGUGUACAACUUCGGGAACACUGUCUCAUACUAUAUCAACUCAGAUAUUGGCAUUGAUGACGUCUAUGUGUAUAACACGUCCUGUGCAAUGCCCACCAACGGCUGUCAAGCACACACUGAAUAACGUCACUUCCUGUUACACGUUACACGCUACGCCAAUGACGUGGGCGGAGGCCUAUGACGUCUGCAGACGCGAGGGGUCAACAUCAGCCCUUAUCAGUAUCGAGACAGAAGUGGAACAAAGGUUCCUUGUCAGCCAAAUUAUCCAAGACCCAGCUUUAUCUGUGGUGGGACAAAAUGGUUUCUACACAAGCGGAAGUGACGUCGGGAAUGAGCACAGCUUUAAGUGGACAGACACAUGCAUCCCUCAGUCACUUGGUCAGCCGGUUGGCACGCUGGUCAGCCUAAUAACGUAGGUGGCAACCAGAACUGCUUGUUGAUGCAGUACCCAGCUGAUGACUACAAGUGGGGCGAUAUAGAGUGUGACAGC